GGAGCCGACGUCCGACCCGGAAGCCGCCACGCGCGGUGCGCUCGCCUGUCGCUGGGGAAGCCCGGGGCUGCUCGAGUCCUUGGGCCCGUCGCGGCCUCCUUCCCCGGGCCUCAGGGGCCCAUGGGUCUCCAUGGCGACGUCAGGGGCCCGGCCCGGGGGCGGGCAGCCCGGGUGGGGCCGCGGCGCUCUGGGGGCCUCCGCGGCGGCUUGGCCGUGUUCGCCGCCGUGGCCGCCGUGUUCACCCUCACGCUGCCCCCCUCGGUGCCGGGGGGAGACUCGGGGGAACUGAUCACAGCCGCACAUGAGCUUGGAGUUGCCCAUCCUCCUGGCUAUCCUUUGUUCACGCUGGUGGCUAAACUGGCAAUCAUACUCUUUCCUUUUGGUUCAGUUGCCUACCGUGUCAAUCUCCUGUGUGGCUUCUUUGGAGCAGUAGCCGCGUCAUUACUUUUUUUCACCGUUUUCAGGCUUUCUGGCUCACAUGCUGGAGGAAUUCUUGCUGCGGGGGUGUUUUCGUUUUCUCGUCUAACAUGGCAGUGGUCCAUUGCAGCCGAGGUUUUUAGCUUAAACAAUCUGUUUGUGGGGCUGCUUAUGGCUCUUACUGUACAUUUUGAAGAGGCAGCAACUGCAAAAGAAAGAUCAAAGAUAGCUAAAAUUGGUGCUUUCUGCUGUGGCCUUAGCUUAUGUAAUCAGCAUACAAUAGUACUCUAUAUUUUGUGCAUAACACCAUGGAUUCUCUUCCGACUUUUAAAAGAGAAGGAACUCUCCCUGGGCUCUCUGUUGAAGUUCAGUGUCUACUUCUCUGCUGGUUUAUUGCCUUACGUCUACCUUCCUAUCUCAUCCUACCUUAAUCAAGCUCGGUGGACCUGGGGAGACCAGACAACGUUGCUAGGAUUUUUGACGCAUUUUCUCAGGGAAGAAUACGGAACAUUCAGUCUGGCCAAAUCGGAAACAGGAUCCAGUAUGUCUAAAAUUUUGCUUUCUCAAGUAACAAGUAUGAGGACCCAACUCUCACUCAACAUUCAAGGCCUCGCAGUUUGGGCAAAUAUAUGUUUAGCAAGAAAGGACAGACAAAAUCCAUCAUUGGUAUGGCUUUUUACUGGAAUGUUUUGCAUUUAUUCAUUGUUCUUUGCUUGGAGAGCGAACUUAGAUAUAUCAAAACCACUUUUCAUGGGUGUGGUGGAGAGGUUCUGGAUGCAAAGCAACGCGGUGGUGGCCGUCCUCGCGGGCCUGGGUUUGGCGGCGCUGGCUUCCGAGAGUAACCGAGUACUGAAUGUCAGGGCGCUUCAGUGUCUGGAGUGGCUUUCAGCAGCUCUUUUUAUAAUUUACCAAAUAUAUUCUAAUUUCAGCAUUUGUGACCAAAGGACCAACUACGUGAUUGAUAAAUUUGCAAAGAACCUUCUAGCCUCUAUGCCCCGUGACGCAAUUAUCUUACUCCGAGGAGAUUUGCCAGGGAAUUCUCUCCGUUACAUGCAUUACUGUGAGGGACUGAGACCAGAUAUUUCACUAGUGGAUCAGGAAAUGAUGACUUAUGAGUGGUAUUUACCCAAGAUGGCGAAGCAUUUACCAGGUGUCAACUUUCCUGGAGACCGGUGGAAUCCUGUGGAAGGAGUAUUACCUAGUGGAAUAGUCACGUUUAAUCUUUAUCAUUUUCUUGAAAUAAAUAAACAAAAAAAAACAUUUGUUUGCAUAGGAAUUCAUGAAGGUGACCCAACCUGGAAAAAAAACUAUUCACUGUGGCCUUGGGGCUCUUGUGACAAAUUAGUUCCUUUAGAGAUUGUAUUCAACCCUGAGGAGUGGAUUAAACUUACAAGAAAUAUCUAUAACUGGACCGAAGAAUAUGGAAGGUUUGAUCCAUCUUCUUGGGAAUCUGUGGCCAAUGAAGAGAUGUGGCAAGCAAGGAUGAAAACACCUUUCUUCAUCUUUAACCUGGCAGAAACUGCGAACAUACCUUCGAGUGUGAAGGCUCAACUCUACACCCACGCGUACAACCUUUAUAAGGAGAUCGUCUCUUUACAAAAGGAACACCCAGUGAAUUGGCACAAGAACUAUGCCAUCGCCUGUGAGCGGAUGUUACGUCUUCAGGAAAGAGGUGUAGACCCCGAAGUCUUGUUAUCGGAAACCAUCAGACACUUUCGUCUCUACACCCAGAAAGCGCAGAAUGAUCCACAGCUGCCUGAUCUUUUCGUUGCUCUAAAGCACCUAAGAAAAGAACUGCAAAGUCUGAGAAAUAGGAAAAAUGUCUAAGGCAGCAGGAUGUGAAAAAGUUGCUCAUCGUUCAGCUUCCGGAAUUCCAAAGUCCAAACGUUUUUCCUCUAAGAAAAAAAAAACUAAAAAAUUUUUUUACAAAUUCAAGACAGUCAUCUCCCAGAUCUGGUACAACAAUCCUGUUUCGUUGGGUGUUUAAAUGAUUGUGAUGUGCUAUGUAUGCAAAUUCUGUGUACCCUGUGUCAAUUAGCAUAUCAGUGAGAAUCUUCCUGAAAACCUUCCUACUUCCUCAGUCUCUCACCUAAUGACUUUGCUUGAUUAGAUGCUAGAAGAGAAUGGGCUAUUUUCACUUACUUUAAAUAUCGAUUGUGAGUCUUUUAUUGGGAUCAGUGUUGAAAAUUGCUUAUUGAUUAUUGGGAUCAAUUUUGAAGAUUAAAUUCAUAAAAUAGUAAUACCAGACCAAAGACACAUUUUUUGUUUCCCAAAAGCGAUUUUUUUUUUAAAGAGCUAACUUUGCUCUGCUUCAAGUUAAAAAUCCUUUUUUUUUUCCUGAGUAGCUAUGGUUGUUACAUAAUCUCACACUUCAAGCUAAACACCAACCCAGUGAACAUUCUGAAAAAAGUUGGGAGUUUUAUUGUCUUUGACAAUUCUCUGAAAUGAUUAAAAAAUAAAGCUAAUUUGUUUGCUUUCUUUCGGUUGCAUAAAGUGGCAAAUAAAAAGGAUUUUGUAUUUCCUUA